AUGAAUUUCAUUACGCAGAGUCUUGCCGACAAAUUGUGCCUCAAUAAAAGGCAAAUAGAGAUAUCUAUUUCAGGUGUAACUAAUGCUAACAUUCGAGCCAAUCAAGCGACAGUCGUUCACAUAAAAUCGCGGUUCAACAAUUUUAGCGAGAGGAUAGAAUGCGUUGUUUUGCCAAAAAUUACUCAACAAUUGCCUCAAAAAUUCAUUUCCAAACAGAAUAUAACUAUACCAAAUAAUUUAAAAUUGGCCGAUCCUGAUUUUAAUGUUCCCGCUGACAUUGACAUGCUAAUCGGCGCUGAGAUAUUUUGGAAGCUCAUUUGCGCAGGUCAAAUUAAACCUUCUAGAAAUAAACCAACACUGCAGAAAACUCUCUUGGGAUGGAUUUUAUCUGGUCCGACAUCAAGUAUUCCUAGUAACUCCAGUUCUUCAAUCAUCAGUUGUUUAGCUGUAACAGAAGACUUAAAUCAUGCUCUCAGUCGUUUCUGGGAAUUGGAUCAUUCGAUAUCCGCUUCAACUCUUUCUCCAGAGCACCAAUCUUGCGAGAAUCUAUUCAAGGACACUGUCAAACGCAACAGCGAUGGACGCUUCGUGGUCCAGCUACCGAUCAUACCUAACAAGCUAUCUGAACUCGGUGAAUCAAGGGAAAUAGCCACUCGCCGCUUCAAAUGUUUAGAGAAACGCUUUGUUACCUCUCCUAAAUUACAUGCAGAAUACAAAGAAUUUAUACAAGAAUACAUACAACUUGGUCAUAUGCGUGAGGUCACUCACAUUACAAAUAAUGACAGCCAAACAUAUUACCUACCGCAUCAUGCCGUAUACAAAGAAACGAGUACUUCUACCAAACUAAGAGUGGUUUUUGAUGGUUCUUGCAAAACAACCACUGGAAUCUCGUUAAAUGAUGCAUUAUUGGUAGGCCCCACUAUACAAGAUGAUCUGCUUUCAAUAUUAAUAAGAUUUCGUAUGUACAGAUAUGUCAUGACUGCAGAUGUGGCAAAGAUGUACAGACAAGUUUUAAUCGAUCCGAAUCAAACCUCUCUGCAACGCAUUCUUUGGCGUGACUCUUCGGAUCAACCCAUUCAAACAUUCGAGCUUCUGACCGUCACGUACGGUACAGCAUCUGCUGCCUUCCUAGCCAUUAGAUCGCUCAGGAAAUUAGCUGAGGAUAACUCUGAGAAGUAUCCCGUUGGAUCCGGGACAGUUUUAAACGACUUUUAUGUUGAUGACUUGGUCACCGGCGCUGACAAUUUACAAGAUGCCUCCUCCAUCAAGAUUCAGACAAGGCAAUUGCUUCUUGAAGGUGGUUUCGAGCUACGCAAAUGGUUCUCUAAUGUACCUGAUCUUCAAGACGAUCAACUUUCCAAUCCUGAAAAGGAAUUCGUACUAUCUUCCGACAAGGAAUGCGAAACAAGGACACUGGGUCUUGUGUGGAACUGCACCCAUGAUCACUUCCAAUUUUCUAGUAUCUCCUGUCUGCCACCUUUGGCUACGCCUACCAAAAGGCAAGUACUAUCAAGAGUCGCUUUGGUUUUUGAUCCUCUCGGACUUUUUGGACCUGCGACUGUCAUUGCUAAAAUCAUUAUUCAACAACUCUGGCUCCUCAAGAUUGGCUGGGAUGAAGCUCUUCCCUUGGAUUCAACCACUAAAUGGAAACGCUACGAGCGUGAGUUGCCAAUUUUGAGAGACAUGACUAUUCCACGACGCGCUAUCGCGCUAAGUGAACACAUCAACUUAGAGCUCCAUGGCUUCUCUGACGCCAGUGAACGAGCUUAUGGCGCGUGCAUCUAUUUACGUGCCACUGAUGCUGACGGAAACAUUUCAAUUAGAUUGCUCUGCUCUAAAAACCGUGUAGCUCCACUUAAGAGUUUAUCAAUUCCGCGCUUGGAAUUAUGCGCAGCCCUCUUGUUGGCUCAGAUCACCGACAAGAUUUUGAAACGAAUUACUCACAAAAUUACAUCUAUUUAUCUGUGGACCGACUCCACCAUAGUUUUAGCCUGGCUGCAAUCAUCUAGUCGUACAUGGUCGACAUUUGUCUCCAAUCGUGUUGGCGAUAUCCAACAAUUAACCACUAUACAAGACUGGCAUCAUGUAUCCAGUCAGGACAAUCCAGCUGAUCUUUUAUCCCGAGGCAUAUCUCCAGUUGCAUUGCCACAUGCGCAUCUUUGGUGGUCGGGGUCCGCUUGGCUGAAACUUGACAAGGGGCAAUGGCCUCAAUUUCCAUUCACCAUCAACAAACGAGAUAUACCUGAAUACAAAUCUUCUGCUAUCACAUCAGCUACUGCUACGCUGCCAUAUUUUGAUAUUUUCGAGCGCUUCUCAAAUUUCAUGAAACUUGUUCGAAUCGUAGCAUACAUCUUUAGAUUUUUCAACAAAUUAAAGCAAAGAAUCAAUCCUGAUCAGGAGCUACAAUCUGCUAACAAUACAACUCUUAUCAUAAUUCCUGAUGAAACGGACCACGCCAUUAAGAUUUUGUUGAGGAUAGUUCAAAGACUGCAUUUCCCUAAGGAAUUGGAAUCGUUUUCCAGACAACAAAAUCUUAACAAAAAUAGCCCAAUCGUACGAUUAAAUCCGUUUAUCGAUGUCGCAGGAAUUCUGAGAGUAGGAGGUCGACUCAAAUUAUCACAUCUCCCGUACAAUGCCAAAUAUCCAGCUUUAUUGCCUGGAAAUCAUCCGCUUUCUCGUCUCAUCAUCAUACACGAGCACGAGAAACACUUUCAUGCAGGGCCCCACGCCACGUUAUCUGCUGUUCGACAAAAUUAUUGGCUCAUAGCUGCAAGGGACGUUGUACGACAAAUUACUCGCAAAUGCAUUGUUUGCUUUCGAAGCUCACCUAAGAUGGCAUCCACGCUAAUGGGGAACCUUCCCGAAUCCAGGAUCACAAUUCCCGAGCGUCCUUUCGAAAAUUGCGGAGUCGACUACGCGGGUCCUCUCUACUAUAAAGAAGGCUUAAGAAAAACUUCUAAGCUAUUAAAAUGUUAUAUUGCAAUAUUUGUUUGCUUCGCCUCAACAGCUGUUCACAUUGAACUAGCAACUGAUUUAUCCACUCAAGCAUUUCUCAAUGUUUUAAAGCGUUUUAUUUCUAGGCGAGGAUGCCCAACUAUCAUUUAUUCGGAUAAUGGCUUAAAUUUCAAAGGAGCUGAAAGAGAAUUGAAUGAGCUAGCCGUAUUGUUCAAGAAUCAAGAAAGCCAUCAACGGAUUGUUAACUACGCGUCCUCUAAAGGAAUCAAAUGGCGUUUCAUACCUCCUAGAGCGCCCCAUCAAGGUGGACUAUGGGAAGCUGCCGUCAAGGGAGCCAAACGUCAUCUCUAUCGAGUUACUAGAGAGGCGCAUCUAAGAUACGAGGAGCUAGAAACACUAGUUAUCCAAAUUGAAGCGAUUCUUAAUUCGCGUCCUCUCACACCCGUUUCAUCUGACGUGGCUGACCUUACGCCACUUACUCCAGGUCACUUCUUAAUCGGAGCACCAUUGACAUCGUACCCGGAACCGUCAUUGGAAAGGAUCCCGAUUACUAGGCUCUCUCGUUGGCAACGGGUGGAGCAAAUACGUCAACACUUUUGGCAAAGAUGGUCAAAGGAAUGCAUUAUUGCCAGCAGCGAAAUAAGUGGACAACUAAGGAAAAUCCAUUACAUGUCGGACAGAUGGUCCUUCUAA